AUGGACACAGAGGUUUCAGGCCAAGAACAAAGCUCCCAAGAACUGGAUUUGGAGGAGAUAACUAGGAAAAUUUCAUUUCUUGACAAAUGGAGGCAAAUCUUUAGUUAUCACAGGCUGGGAACCAAUAAUAUAAAUCCUCAGAAUCCUGAAGGCAGCCAUAUAUCUGCUGAUGAAACAGAAGCUGGAACAGGAAUACCUCAGCCUAAAGGACAAGGACAUUUGCCAUCAAGUAGCCUUUGUUCUAUUCCCAAACCCUCCAUCAUCUCUUCAAAAUUGGGCGGCUCUCCUAUCUCCCUAGCAAUGGCCACGAAACUACGACAGGUCCUCUUUGGAAAUACAGUCCGUGUCUUCAGCUAUAACUGGAGAAAGGCCUAUUUCAGGUUCCAUGAUCCUUUUUCUGACCUGGCUUUCGCCUUGGAAGUGGGAAAGGGAGGUGCCCGAAGCAUUCAGAUGGCUGUACAAGGAUCCAUCAUCAAAUACUUGCUGUUUACUAGGAAGGUUAAAGACUGUAACUUUCGCAGUUUGUGUGAAAUAAGCAAGCAGGAGCAGGAGCGAGCCCUGGCCACGGUGCUUGCUGGCAUCCUGUGGGCUGCAGGAGCUGCUCAGAAGGCCACCAUCUGUCUCGUCACUGAGGACACUUAUGUUGCCUCUACUCCUGACUACUCCAUGGACGAUGUCACUGAGCGGCUCCAGCUGUUUGAAUUUUUAGAGAAAGAAGCCACCGAGAAAUUCAUCUAUGAUCAUUUACAAUGUUUCAAAGGGGAAGGAAGCCAUGGUGUCAUCCUAUUUCUGUACAGCCUGAUCUUCUCCAGAACAUUUGAAAGGCUUCAAGAGGACCUAGAUGUCACCACCACACACCUGUUACACCCAAAUGCUGGAGGCUUCCUGUGCAGGCAGGCAGUUCUGAACAUGAUUUUAACUGGAAGAGCAAGUCCCCAUGUCUUCAACGGCUGUGAGAAAGGCAGGUCUCAGGAAACAUUACACGGCGUCCUCACCCGCAGUGACGUCGGCUAUUUGCAGUGGGGCAAGGACACCUCGGAAGAUGACAGACUCUCCCAGGUGGGCAGCAUGCUGAAGACUCCCAAAUUGCCUAUUUGGCUGUGCAACAUCAAUGGAAAUUACAGCAUCCUUUUUUGCACAAACAGGCAGCUCUUGUCAGACUGGAAAAUGGAGCGUCUCUUUGAUCUGUACUUUUACAGUGGCCAGCCCUCCCAGAGAAAGCCUGUGCAUCUUACAAUAGAUACUCACGCCCAUCACUGGGAAAGAGACCAACAGGAAGAUAAACACAGAGCAGGAAGACGGUUUUCUCCUGUGGAGAUGGUGAUCAGAACCAAGUGGAGAGAGGCUACCAUCAACUGGAAUGGGACUGCUCCCUUUUUCUAA